GAGAAGACAAGAGGAAUUUCCACUGUCGAAUUUCAACAUCCUUUGUAAUAUUUUAUUUAAAAAAAAUCCCAAUAAAACUUAAUAUUUUCUCUUCGUUGGAUUGUAUCUAAAAGGGAAAAUGGAAGAAGAGAAGAAGAAGAAGAGAAACAAAAAGAAGAAGAACAAGCAGGGCAAAACCACCGAAGAAGAAGCAGAUCAGAUUCAAAGUAAUAAUGUCAGCAACGGCCAGAGCAGCGGCAACAAUGCUCUGGAUCUGGAUACUCAUCAGCCUAAUAUCGCUCUUGCCAGUUCUGCGGACGAGAUGAUUAAUGAGCUACGAAAAGAGAAGAACUACUUGUACAGAAAGAGGCUAUUUUGCAAGAGAGAAUUCAACACUUGCGACAUGAAAAUGAAUCACACCGACAGAAAGAGGCUACCUUAGAAGAGACAAUCAAGAAGUUAAGAAAUGAAUUUGAUUCCCACCUAAAGAAAGAGGUUUCCUUAGAAGAGUCCGUCCAGAAUUUACAACAUAGAAAUGAUUCACACCUAAGGAAAGAGGCUUCUUUAGAGGAGACAAUCCAACAAUUACAACAUGAAAGUGAAUCACUGAUGCAGAAAUGGCUGGUUUAGGGAUGAAUGUCAUUGGACUUCAAAAUGAAAAAGAAUCCUGGCUUCAAGAAAAGGCCAGCUUAGAAGAGAAAAUCAGUCACUUGCUGGAUGAAAAAGCUGCUCUGGAUCUGAAAAGGGCAAACUUGGAAGAAAAUGUUAGACAGCUGGAGAAAGAGAAAUACACUUGGAUUCUGACAGAGAAUUCUACCAAACAAUCGAUUUCUAGCCUCAAUCGUGAUAUUACAAGACUAAAAAUGCAGGUGGUUGAGUUGGAAGAAUCCAGAAGUGAGCUUUCACGAGAAAAUCAGCACCUUGCAGAAAAUAUAUCUAGCAUGCAGUUACAUAUACAAAACCUCGAGAGGAACAUUACCUCCAGUCCUCCAUUUGAAGGCAAUAAUAACAAGCUAGCUUCUGGCUACGAGGACCUUAAGUCUCAGAUUGAAGCAGCAAGUGUGUUUGUCGAAAAACUGGUCAUGGAGAAUGCCGAGCUUGUUCAGAAGGUGAAUGAGUUGUACGUCAAGCUUGAACAACAAAGCAAGGCAGGGGGACAUUCUAAGGUCAUUGAGAUGCUUAAUCCUGUACCGCAAUCGCUCGAGAAUGGCUCUGUAUUGUAUCCAGAGUUGGAUUCUGCAGAAGCUUCUCCAAUUACGAACGAAGAAUCGAACAUGAGAAUGUGGAUGUGCAACCUGCUGCUCCUUUUCCACGCAAUGUAGAACCUGAGGUCUCGGAAGAAAUCGUGCAAAUUCCUCUCGAUGAUACUGAUGUAAGGAAUUUGGAAUCCCGGAGUAUUGCUGGUGAAGAAAACGCUGUGCCACUCACCGAUGCUCCCCUGAUUGGUGCUCCAUUCCGGUUAGUAUCAUUUGUCGCUAGUUAUGUUACUGGUGCUGACCUGGUUAACAACACCUGAAGCUCGGACUCGUAGUGUAGAUGCAUUUUUUCAUACACUAUCUGUUAUUCGUUUAGUGGCCGCAACGUUGUUGUUUCGACAACGGAUACCGAUGAAUGUUAUCUGCGGAGAGGGAAAAUACUGUUUUCUGUUUAUGUUUGGUGUGUUUCUGUUUACCGUAGCCGACACAUUCAAUA